UCAUGUCAAGCCACCUGGAGAAAGGACUCUUAAGGCGCGCCAACUCAGAGUGCCAGCGCACAAUAGAGACUUCAGUCCCACAGAGAGGCCUUCUGUUAACCUGCUUUGGAGAGGUACGAGACUUUAGCUUUGGAUGGAGAGCAGGAUCAGACCGCUCGCCAUGGCCGGACACGCCACCAGCCCGCUAGGCCUCCCGAUGGCGCCUGCACUCCUGCGCCACCCAUCUCUCUUUCUCCGUGCCUGCAACCCUGCGCUGGAGAGAAGCUACCCGAGGACCCCGAAGUGCGCCCGGUGCAGGAACCACGGUGUAGUCUCGGCGCUGAAGGGCCACAAGCGCUUCUGCCGCUGGAGAGACUGCAUGUGCGCAAAGUGCACUCUGAUCGCGGAGCGGCAGCGGGUGAUGGCUGCGCAGGUGGCACUCAGGAGGCAGCAGGCUCAGGAGGAGAAUGAAGCGCGGGAGAUUAGGCUUCUGUACCCAGGCUCGGGCAUCGGGGGGCAGGCGGGGAUCAGUCAGGGAUCGGCUGUAGGGCGCGGAGUGCCAGCGGCGAGAGGCAACACUCCACCCGCUCCAGGUUUUGACGUAUUUGGCGCUCACCACCAUAAAGAGGAUGACAAAGUGAACAAAUACAGCAUUUACAGUGGGUUUGUGGGUCAGCCACUGUUUGCGUCCCCGAAUGCUCGGGUUCCCUCUCCAAGUGACAGGAAGGAGCUGUCUCCCAGCAAGGACAACAACUCUUCACUUGCCAGUGAUAGUGGAAGUCCAUCACCGCCAUCUGAUCGGCUCUCCGACGCACAGAGUCCACAGAGGUCACUCUCCUCCUCCGAUCCGGAGUCUGGGAGCGAGUCUGAAAAACCCAAAGACUUCCCGAACCUCGACCGUGACCCUGCUGACAUCAUGGCCAAGAUCUUUCCCCAUCAGAAGGGGGACACCCUGGAGUCAAUGGUGAGAACAUGUAAAGGUAACAUUGUGAAAUCCAUUGAGCUGGUCCUGAACUCCAAGGAGACAAAAACUGAUACUGGCAGUCCAUCUCCAUCUCAUUUGCCAAUGUCAGCACUCAAGCCUGCUGUCGGACUGCCGGGAGCGUUCGGUUCUUCAGGGACCAAGUCUGCCUUCUCCCCUCUCCACUUCCAACCGGCCCCCAGUGGGGACAGCCUCUUUGGGCUCAGUCCUCACCUCGGUGUGAGUCCCCUGCAUCUGGCCUACUCCUCUGCCAGCGGUGGUCUGGGUGGGUUUAUGUCACCAUACAUGUCAUCAGGACUGAUGCCACUGUUGACUCUGCAUCCACCAUUGGACUCACAUUCUUUCCCGGGAAUGAUCAGAGACUUUUCCUACAUCCACAGUAAGGAUUCCCUGUGCAGCACAACAGGCAUUUACACACGACUGAACAAAGAAAAAUAAUGAACUUAAAUAAUAUACAUUAUAAAUGUUAUUUUUGUUCAAUUUCUGUUUAAAUCCUGAAUAAUGCAAGUGAAUUCUUACAACUGAGUAAAAUAUUUGCUUUUUACUGUAAAAAGAUUGUAUAGUUUCAUUGAAAUAAAGUUAUCUUGUUUUAUGUUUCUGAAUCUAUCUAUCUAUCUAUCUAUCUAUCUAUCUAUCUAUCUAUCUAUCUAUCUAUCUAUCUAUCUAUCUAUCUAUCUAUCUAUCUAUCUAUCUAUCUAUCUAUCUAUCUAUCUAUCUAUCUAUCUAUCUAUCUAUCUAUCUAUCUAUCUAUCUAUCUAUCUAUCUAUCUAUCUAUCUAUCGUCUUAAUGACUAACUCAAAAAAUUCAAUAUGCAUUGUCUUGCAGCAGUGUUCAUUUGAGCUUUCUCUGAUUUUUUCACAUUGCACAAAGUAGUGCAUAUUGUGAAAUAGAAGGAAAAUGUUAGCAAUUUUCUUCUUUUGCAAUUAAAAACCUGAAAAGUAUGGUAUGCAUUUACAUUCUGCACCAGUCAAUCAAUACUCUGUAGAACUAGCUCUCACUGUAAUUACAGCUGCGAGUGUCUUGGGGGAUGUCUCUAUCAGCUUUGCACAUCUAAAGACUGAAUAACCUCCCCUAUUGGCUCUCUAUUUGACAAAACAGCACAAACUUAGUCAAAAUUGAUGGAGAACAUCUGUGUACAUCAAUUUUCAAGUCUUCCCACAGAUUCUCAAUUGGAUAAAGUUUGGGACUUUACUGGCCCAUUCAAAUACACGAAUGUCUAAAACCUUUCACUGUAGCUCUUACCUCACGUUUAAGGUUGUUGCCCUUCUGGAAGGUGAACAGUGUUUAGUGAGAUGUCCAAAGCUUAUGAUAGUGUUUAAUUAAAAACAUAAAACUUCUGUAAACUUCUCCACCACGUCCUCCCUGACCUGUCUGCUGUGUUAUCUAGUAUUCGUGAAGCUGUUAGUUGGCUGAUAUUCUCUAACAAACUUUUGAUCACAGAACUGCUGGAUGUGUACUGAGAAUAAAUUAUACACAGGGUGACUCUAUUUAGUAUUUCUAACUACAAUAGGUUACACUGGAUUUAUGUUUAAGGGUAUCAGAGUAAAGGGUGCUGAAGUGAAAAGCACCGCACAAUUAUCAUUGUGUAGAACCCACAGAUUUUAUUCGUAAAAAGAUCAGAAAACAUUGCAUUGUUUUCCUUUCUCUUUACAAUUAUGCAUUAAUUUGUGUUGUCCUAUCACAUAAAAUCCCAAUGAAACACUUUCUAGUUUGUGAUUGUGACAGAAUGUAAAAAGUGUGCAUGGCAGCAUAAAAAAUGAAAUAAAUUGUCCAGUUGUGCUGAACUACUGAAAAAAUAU